GACAAACCUUUGAAUUUGAAUAUAAUGAUGAUUCUGGCAAAAUUAAAACAAUUUCAAUUGAAUUUUUUCUGUCAAAAGAAUAUAGAAGGAAUAACCAUACUAUUUAUAAGAUUCAGAAUAAUGAACCACAAACUGACAUCUCAAUUGGAACACUACCAGUACCACAACCGCCAACACUGGAAAUAUCGAAAAACAGCAACUCUGAUGACAUUCCAACAGACAUUUCAUUAACCGGCAUCUUAACCGGUAUCUCAACUAAUGAUGAUUUAAGGUUUAAAGGCGUUGAUUAUCUUUUAAGAGAUUUUUUUAACAUUGGAAAAGACAAAAUAUUGAAAUUUAAAAACAUUUCUGCAAAAAAUAUCGCUGAAUUAAUCGAAGGAUUAAAUCACAUUCUUUUGGCUGAGAAAAAGCUUAGUAUAAUUAAUAUACCUUUUGAAUCAGUCGUAAAAUUUGCCAAUGAAGUGAAGCAAGAGAAAUAA